GGUAUACCUUGGACAGAGGGGUGGCGGUGGUCAUGGUAUACUUGGACAGAGGGGUGGCGGUGGACGUGGUAUACUUGGACAGAUGGGGUGGCUGUGCAACAUGGUAUAAUUGGACAGAGGGGUGGCGGGUGGUCAAUGGUAUACUUUGGACAGAGGGUGGCUGUAGACGUGGUAUACUUGGACAGAUGGGUGGCUGUGGCCGUGGUAUACUUGGACAGAGGGGGGCUGUGAAUCAUGUAAACUUGGACAGAGGUGUGGCUGUGAAAUGUUGUUAUACUUGGACAGAGGGGUGGCGGUGGCAAUGGUAUACCUGGACAGAGGGUGGCUGUGGACGUGUAUACUUGGACAGAGGGGUGGCUGUGCAACAUGGUAUACUUGGACAGAGGGGUGGCGGUGGUCAUGGUAUACUUGGACAGAGGGGUGGCUGUGGCCGUGGUAUACUUGGACAGAGGGUGGCUGUGGACGUGGUAUACUUGGGCAGAGGGGUGGCGGUGCAACAUGGUAUACUUGGACAGAGUAUGGUGUGGAUGUGGUAUAUUUGGACAGAGGGGUGGCUGUGGACGUAGUAUACUUGGACAGAGGGUGGGCUGUGGACGUGGUAUCUACUUAGACAAAGGGUGGCUGUGGACGUGGUAUUACUUGGACAGAGGGGUGGCUGUGGACGGAUUAUAAACUUGGACAGAGGGUGGCUGUGCAACAUGGUAUACUUUGGACAGAUGGGUGGCGGUGGACAUGGUUAUAACUUGGACAAGAGGGGUGGCGGUGGACGUGGGUAUACUUUGGACAGAGGGGUGGCGGUGGACGUGGUAUACUUGGACAGAGGGGUGGCGGUGGUUGUGGUAUACUUGGGACAGAUGGGGCUGGCGUGAACGUGGUAUACUUUGGAAAUAACAGUGGGUGGUAUACUUAGA